CGCUGUCAGCGCUGGGCGGCGAGCGGAAUGCAGCGGCCCGAGGCCUGGCCACGUCCGCACCCGGGGGAGGGGGCCGCGGCCGCCCUGGCCGGGGGCGCGGCACCGCCCGCCCGAGCCGGGGAGCCCGCGGGGUCGCGGUUGCAGGAACCUUCUCUCUACACCAUCAAGGCUGUUUUCAUCCUAGAUCAUGACGGACACCGCCUGCUGGCCAAGUAUUAUGACGACACAUUUCCCUCCAUGAAGGAGCAGAUGGCCUUCGAGAAAAACGUCUUCAGUAAGACCAGUCGGACUGACAGUGAGAUCGCAUUUUUCGGGGGCAUGACCAUCGUCUACAAGAGCAGCAUUGACCUCUUCCUCUAUGUGGUGGGCUCAUCCCACGAGAACGAGCUGAUGCUCAUGUCUGUUCUCACCUGCCUGUUUGAGUCCCUGAAUCACAUGUUAAGGAAGAACGUGGAGAAGCGCUGGCUGCUGGAGAACAUGGAUGGAGCCUUCUUGGUGCUGGACGAGAUUGUGGAUGGCGGUGUGAUCCUGGAGAGUGACCCCCAGCAAGUGAUCCAGAAAGUGAAUUUUAGGGCAGAUGACAGCGGCUUGACUGAACAGAGUGUGGCCCAGGUUCUUCAGUCUGCCAAGGAACAAAUUAAAUGGUCCUUACUGAAAUGAAGGCUGUGCGUUUGAGGCUCCCUCCCCCAGAUCAUUUCCCGGAUCCUGGCAAACAACUCAAAGACUCCAGGGGAGAGAAGAGACCCCUCUCUAUCCCCAGGCCCUCCCAGAACCAACUCCUGAAGCUUCUGGCCAGGGACUCCGAAAUGAAGAGAUUUGGCUUUAGCACUGAGUCAUCCCUGCUCAUUGUCCCGGCCUGCUGAUCAGGCUGCGAGACCCAGCUGAGCAGCCUUAACUCAGACCUCAGGCGUCCCUGACCCCAGAGCCCGAAUAAACCUGCUGUCUCCUG